AUGGAAUCUCAAACCGGCACUUCCGAAGUCAAUCAACCCAACCGAAAGCGUGUCAUUACAGCUUGUCUGACCUGCCGCCAUCGAAAAGUAAAGUGUGAUCACGCACAGCCAGUUUGCUCACCGUGUAAGAAAGGAAACCGUGUUUGCACUUACACCAACCCACAAUCAACUUCACAGACUUCUCAUCUUGGAAGUGGAAAUAGAGUGUCAAGAAGCAACCGACAAACUGGUCAAGAUGAGAUCAAGAACCGCCUCGAACGGUUGGAGCAACUUCUUGAACGCGCCCUCAGCGGCGGUCCUGUUAUCCCACAACAUCCGACUGAUGCAGCUUCCAACCUGGAUCAUCCACAUUCGAAGCAUCAAGGGCUGAUUUCGUCACUGAAUGCUCAGUCUGAAAUCUUAUCAGCUGAUGGUUAUGAUGGCGCUUUACUCCUCGAAAGCUCAGGGGGUCAAUCACGCUGGGUGUCAUCUCUUCACUACUCUCUCCUGGCUGAUGAGAUCCGUGAUGUUAAGAUGCUGCUCGGAGGCCGGUCCGGCGAUGCACUGAGAGAAAGCUUGCCGACAGUUCGCUCAGUAUCCCCCUUUCCAUUCUCGGGGUCUCCGACAAAUGACCUCAGGACCUGGGCACCGCCUUCAGCAGACGCCUGCUUGACUCUACUUGAUACAUUCUACUCUAACGUUGAUCCAAUGACUCGAAUAGUUCACAAGCCCACGCUCAAACGACGACUGAUCCAGUAUAUCGACUACACGUAUGGCCUGGACGCUUCAAGCUCUGAUGAUGGGGAGUUUUCGGCCGCUCACUCCGGCAAGUAUAUUCAUACUUUCGAACCAUUGGCGUUGGCUGUUUUCCAUUCAGCUAUCAAUAGUCUUUCGGCUGAAGACGUGUUGUUGCAGUUUUCUGCAGAAAAGGAGGUACUACUUUCCCAAUUUCAGCAUGGCGUACAAGCUGGUCUGGGGAGAGAAAACUUCUUGACUACGUCAAACAUCGAAGUACUUCAAGCAUUUGUACUGCUUCUAACCUGUCAGUCACGAGAAGAUGACAUGGCAAAAACGUGGACCCUUUUAGGUCUUGCCCAUAAGAUAGCGCUUUCGCAGGGUCUGCAUAGAGAACCCUCGCUGUUCACAUCCACAGGCAUGGAUGUUAUACAAGUUGAAAUUCGCCGCAGGCUGUGGCAUCAGAUAUGCCACCUCGACUACCGCUCUGCAGAGAGCAGGGGUCAAGAGCCGACUAUAUCAGACGAGGAUUUCACCACCUUUCUUCCACGAAACGUAUCGGAUGAAAACCUCGUUGAGGCCAGUUUAGACGAGACAUCUACAACGGCUGGGUUUACUGACAUGACAGUUCACUUGAUCCGUCUGUAUGGACAUCAUUGUUUUAGACGAAUUGUCCGAGGCACUUACAAGCUUGAAAGAACGACGAAAUCACAAGAAGCCAAGAACAAUGACAACGCGAACCCAGUUACCAAGCUUCGGUCCUUAUUCGAGGAAGUCAGGGGCAUGGUGGAUGAGAUGGUCAACCAUUUCCAAACGCACUAUCUACAAUACUGUAGUCCACAUAUUCCGGAGCAGAGAAUGGCAAUUGGACUUGCAACGGUAGUCGAAUGGCGGUGCUGGUCUAUCUUCUGGCUGCGAACACCAGAGCAAUACCGGGAGUCGGUGAUAACCCCUGAAGUUCGACAAAUAAUAUUAGAGAAAUCAGUUAAUCUCAUCGAAAGCUUGAAUACGAUGCCGGGGGAUAAGGACGCCCAACGGUUCGGAUGGCAUAUUGGCGGUCAUGCAUGUUUCCAACCUAUCAUGCAUAUUGUCUCGGAGCUUGACAUGCCCAACUUCGAUGCUCCCAAUCGGCAAGCAUUACGAUCACGAGCGCUGGACGCAUUGAAAAAGACUAUGCUCGCGAGGGAGCGAGAAGCAACACCGAUGUGGAAUGCGAUGAGUCGUAUCAUCUCAAACUGCCUCGCCAAAUCUACGUCGAGACCCUUCCCAGUGACACCAUUCCAGAAUACGCGGACUGAAUUGCCUGUCAACGAAACGACACAGGGGUUAGGCUCUUCUGCCGCUGCGCCGAGCCCAGCACUGCUGCCAGACAUGCCAAUUUUCGGAGAAUUUACAUCAGCUCCGUUGUCUGGCCCAACAGCCUUGGGUAGCAUAGAAAUGCUGGAACCUGACAUCAUGUUUGACUGGGGAUUUUGGAACAUCGAUGCUACAGCUCCUGGCCCGUGUUGA